CUGCUCAGCCUCAGUCUUGGCUCCUUCUCUGCCCGCCCCCUCUGCGGGCCGUCCUGCUGCUUGUUCCUCACUCCUGCCCCCAGCUGGCUUUGUUUUGUCUGUCUCUUGGCUUUCCCAGGGGGCAGCGCACAUUCCCUCAGGGCUGAGCGGCUCCGUCCCGGGCUCUUCCUGCUCCAUGACUGCGCAUUACGCUUUGUGACCAUGACGUUCCAUCCCGAUGGUUCGAUUUCUUACACAGGGAGCUGGUGUGGCAUUGUGGAUUGAAUUGUCCCCCAAAAGAUAAACCUUAUUUAGAAAUAGGUCUUUGCAGAUGUAAUUAAGAUGCAAAUUAAGAUGAGGCCAUACUGGAUUAGGGUGGUCCCCAAUCCAAUCACCGGUGUCCUUAAAAGAAGAGAUGCAGAGAUACAGGACACACAGAGACGGCCUCGGGAGCGCGUGGCACAGCUGCAAGCCCAGGGCACCAGGGAUCGCUGGCCACCCCCAGGAGUUGGGAGAGAAGCAGGGACCCCGUCUCCUGUGGGGCCCCUCAGAGGAGCCGGCCCUGCCAGCAUCUUGACUUCCCACCUCUGGCCUCCAGUUCAUGGCAGCCCCAGGAAGCUACUACACUUAGAUUUCGGUGCAUAUCCAGUGGUCCCCCAAGCCGUGGCUUUGUCUUGGUGAUUUCAGUCGCUCAGGGUCAGCGAGUCCAGAAGCCGGAUCCUCCUCCUGACUGAGGUCAGAAGGUCAGCGGUAACCUGACACUAGGUCACAAUGCUCGUGUCACUCCCUCCAUCAUCUCACACAGGCGACUUUAUUAGUUCUUAUUUAUUUUUUUAUUUUUCGGGGGGGGGAGGGGCACUUGAGCAGAUUGAGCAGAUUCCCCGCUGGGCACGGAGUCCCACGCGGCUGGAUCUCACGACCCUGAGAUCAUGAUCUGAGCCGAAACCAAGAGUCAGCUGCUCAACCGACUGAGCCACCCAGACGCCCCUCAUGAUAAAACGGGCACUUUAUCUCCCAUCAUCACAAGAAAGAGGGUGAAUGCAGGACGUUUUGAGAGAGAGAGACCACAUUGACACAGUUUUUAUCACAAUGUAAUGUUACACUCGUUCUAGUUUAUUACUGUUCUUGUUAAUCUCUUGCUGUGCCAACUUGUAAAUUAAACUUCAUCACAUGUAUGUAUGCACAGGAGAAAACGUAGUAUGUUUGGCCCUUGAACCACACAGGGGUUAGUGGUGCUGACCCCUGCAAGAGUCGAAAAUCCAUGUGGAAGUUAGGACCCCCCAAAACUUACCUGCUUAUACCCUCCUGUCGACCGGAAGUCUUACUGAUGACAUAAACAGUUUAUUAAUACCCAUUUUGUGUGUUCUAUGUAUCAUAUGCUGUAUUCUUGCGAUCAAGGAAGCUAGGGGAAAGGAAAUGCUAUUGAAGUCGUAAGGGAGAGACAUUUGCGGUGCUAUCCUGUGUUUAUGUGGGCCCGCGCAGUUCAAACUGUGGUGUUUGGGGGUUGACAGUAUCUGUAGGUUUCGGUACCGUCUGUAGUUUCAGGCGUUUCGGGGGGCCUUGGUGUCCCCUGUGGGUGCAGGGCACUGCCGUAUGAACACCCAGUGUUGCGCGUUUCUUCUCAGAGGAGGUGGAAGUGUUGCAUGCCCGGCACCCCUGCCCCAUCUCCGUGGCUUCUGGAAAGUGCCACCAGCCGCCCGGUGUAGUCAUUUCCACAUGGUGGUUUUUCUGCUGCUUUCGCACCGUAGGCAUGCUCUGCUCCAGGUGGUGGCCCUCCACUCACCAAGGCCAUGCCGGCCGGCUCUCGCAUCUGGACACAGCACACUUUGUUUUAUUUUGCUCUCUCGAAUCUCUGUUGUGAGUUGUGAUGGAGUGUGGCAUGCCACGUUUGAUGUCGCUGUGCCCUGUGUGGGCCGCGGCCCGUGCUCCCGUCUGUCAGAUGCGCGGCCCGAGCAGGAACUUCUGGGGACCGUGUGCUGGGCGAUGCUGGCGUCCGGUCUACGGAGCUCGUUCCGUUUGCUGUGCACGUGCCCUGGAGCCUGCUCUCUGACCAGGUCAGGAGUUGGGGGAGGUCAUCGUGUCUUCUCUGUCCCCUCUGGGCUGGCCCACACCCCACUCUCGUGUUUCAUUCCCCCACACUGGGAGAACACUGACCAGUUCCUUAGAGCACUUCACCUCACCUGGCUCUGUCGGACAUUCCUCAUUCUAGGCGGAGCCCCUGGGUGCAGGCCACACGCUGUCAGCUGUCGCAGGGCCGCCCGCUCCGCUGCUCAGCUGCCGUCUGCCCGUCUCCCCGGAAACGUGACCAGUUCCUUCUGUGUCAUUAGCAAGUUUCUAGUAGGGAGAUGCUUGGACACGGUGUGAGGGUCACCCACCAGUGUGGUGUUCACAGAUGACUCUUGCCUGAGCCAGCAUGGGGUGUUUUUCACAUGCUGACUUAGGGACAGAAUCUGUCAUUCUGUCUGCACUCCUUGGUCUGCACUCUGCCUGAAGGACGAGCUUCCCUCCCCUACUUACCGAUCUUUUCCAGCUAUUUACAUCAGUACAGACUCGUGGGUUCUUACUUUAUUCUGUGGAGCAAAACAGUCACCUCAUGGGAGCCCUGGCCCCAUUCGCUGCACACGUCCUCUGGUGCCUUGAGACGCUCCCGCUGCAUCUUGUCCGUGCCCCAGCCCUGGAAACCAGCUGUCUCUCCAAGGGACGUGUGGCCUGGUUUUCCAGUGAAAUGCUAGUCACGUUAUAGCUUCUUCAAGUUUUACUGUGGCUGCUGUAAUCUUUCCAGGGUCGUGCAUGCCAUGUGCCAGUAGGAGGAUUUAACAGGAGGAUGGGAGAGCCCCCGAGUGGUGGGCAUGGCGGGCGCAGGAGGCAGAGGGCAGGGCCUUGGCCAUCGUGGGUGGUUGUAAUUGCAGCAGAGUUGGUCGGGCCCGAGGGGCCCUGAUAAUGCCUGUGUCCUGUGAGGGAGGCUGUAAGUUGGGGCUCAGGGUGAAUUUGUGGGGAGAGGCAGUGAGAGCCAGGCCAGGUUGUAAGCUUGGUGGGACCUGCCCAGGUGACCGUGGGUGAGUGGUACAGGCAUGCGGGUGUGGCUGGCUCUGAUUUGGCUCCCUGGUUCUACAGGCACUUAAGUAGAGCUUCUCCCAGAGCAGAGAGAUGCUCCCCUGGGAACCAACGGCCCCUUGCCUGGGCUUCGGGGUCCCCAACUGUGCUGGAACAGGUGGCCCUCCCUGGCCAGGACGGUGGGAGCCCAGGAGAGCUGUUGGUGGACAGCACUGACCGUGAGUGCAUCUCUUGGCCUGGAAUAAGCCCAAGUGUGCACGGUGCGUUUGGUUGGGACGAGCUCACGGAUUCCGGGGCCCUUGGUGAGCCUGUCCACACGCUCUGCUGGAGGGAGAGCCCCGUGCCGUCCCUCAGCUGCCUCGUCAGGUGCCCAAGUGCAGAGUGGCGGUGCCUCCGUCCUGCUCCCCACGCUUGGUGGGGAUGCCUCCUCUUCCCUACUCUGUGAGAGGUUGGCUUUGUCUCUGCUCACACCCUGGAGAGUGCACGUGUGCGUGUGCAGGGGCUCAGGAGGGGGUGGGUCUCUCUGGCCCCUGGAAGCGGCUGUGGAAAGCCUUUCUCCUUGGGUCCGCUGGUGCAUUCUGCAUCUGGCACUUUCUGUGAAGGCGAGUGCUGCUUGCACGCAGGGCUGGGAUGGGGGCUGCCCGCACGGUGUGGGUGGUGUUGCUUGGGCAGACAUCCUAAGGGACGCGGCCCCGGGGUGUGACUCAGUGGGGUUGAGGUGGGGCCUGUGCCUUGUGCAUGGUCUGCUGGGCCCAAGGAGGCCUCUGGAAAGGGGGUGCCUCAAGGCUGCUGCUGGUUAGGAGCCUGAACUUGACAUUUUAGAGGUCCUGUCACUGCUCUCAUUUUUUAAUUUCUGAGAGCUCUUUUCAUUUUUCUUUAAAUAUUUCCUUUUAAGAGUAUUCUGGAGUAUUCUUAUUUCGUGGAUCAGGCGUCUUCUCUCUCUGAGGGCGGGACCGAUGCUCUUUCCUCUGGGUGCCUGGGGCCCUCCUGUCUGGCCGGCUCUCUCCGUGGCUUCUGAGGCAGCUCCCGCUCAGCAGCGGGCCGCUAAGAAGGGUGGAAGCCACGGAUAGCGGUUGGGUGGCGGGCUGCCCCGGGGCUCAGGGCCUUCGUCUGUGGGCAGCCAGGUCCCAGGUACAGCAUGAGCGCCCACUCCUGGGCAUGGAGGGGUCCGUGCCCCCUCCAGGCUGCCCCUGCAACCUCCCAGCAGAGGGGCCUGGGGCCGGGCUCUGCACCCCCUGUGGCCUCCCAUUGCGGGCCAGCUGGAUGGACUGGGGGAGGGGUGUGUAACCGCUGCAGGCGGGGGGGGGCAGUGGCGCGUGGGGGUUCAGUAGUUCACCACCAGCUGUUUCUUGGGUGUAGGAUGUGGCUCCCUGCCCCUCUCCAGCUUCCCCUUGCAGCCGUCUCCUGCUGUCUGCUCGGCCCGCUGCGGGGUGGUGGGCGGGGUGGCCUUCUCUGCUGCUUGAGUCGGGCUCUGGCAGGACUGGAUCUCAGGUGUGCGCUUCUCCUGCCGUCCUUCAGCCGGAGCACUGUUCUAGCACGGUUUCCCGGAGGCCCCUGCUCGAGUCGUAAAGCAGGAGCUCUUCAUCAGGCCGAGGUAACAGACACAUUCUGCACAGAGUCCUCCGCAUGUGACCCGACACUGACCCGGUGGUUCUGCAUGUACUCACUUCUUUCUCUUUACCACAAACACAGACACAGAGUUCUGAAGAGUCCUCGGAAAUGGUUCGCUCCUCUGUAAAGCGGAAGUCCCCCUUGAGGCUCCGCUCUGACCCAGCAGCGGCCCAGGCCUCCUGAAGCCUGCUGUUCUGAACCCCGGUGCCCAUCGGUGCAGACAGAGGACACGGGUCCCGACCAUGGUCACACUGAUCACUGAGAAGUUGCAGAGCCAGAGCCUGGAUGACCUUGCCUGCAAGAGCUGUGACGCCGGCCUGCGUUCUGCUGGGACACUGAGCAACAGUGGCCAUUUUUCCCCUUUUGAGAGCAAUGAAGACAGGCGCCCCUGGAAGGUCUUAAGUGGAGGAUGGCCCGUCGGGAGUCAGACGGCCACGGGCACACGUGGCCCAGACACGGGCCUGGGUGCCGUGAGCGCCACAGACCUCAGGGAGAGCGCAGGGCCCCCCUCGGCACCACCUACCAAGCGACACUGCCGCUCCCUGUCAGAGCCGGACGGGCUGGCACGCUGCCGCUCUCCCUGGCGCCCCGGCGGCUCCAAGGUCUGGACGCCGGUGUCCAAGAGGCGGUGCCACAGCGGCGGGAGCGCCACACUGCAGGAGAGCCCGGGUGCCAGCCUGCCCAGGAGCGCCACACUGCUGGGCUGCGCCCUCCCGGUGGCCGGCCCCACCUCGCCCCCCACCCCCCGGGCACCUUCAGCCAGCGGCAGCUGUGGGGACGGCAGGGAGGGAGGCUCGGGACCACCCUGGCGACCCGCGGGGCCCCGCGCUCUGUCCUGGAGGCGCCGCCUGUCCCUGUCACAGGAGCACCUGGCGGAAGUGGGCACGCCCCUGCCCUCCGCCAGCAGCAGCCCCUGGUCCACACCCGAGCUGGGCCGGCGGCUGGGCCUGCUGCGGUGCCGCUCGCAGCCCUGUGUGCUCGUUGGGAGGAAGUGGCCGCGCAGGCGCAGGCGUGAGGAGAGCGCUCGCUGGCCACGCCCGUCCUUGGACUUUCUGAAAAUGACACGGACUUUAAAAAAUUCAAAAAGCCUUUGCUCCCUUGAUGAUGAAGAUGAAGAGGAGGAUGGCGCCCAAGUGGAGCUGGCCCUGUGUGACUCACGCGGCCGCAUGGGCGUCCUCACGGCCGGCUCCAGCCCACUGAGCGUGCGCCCCAGGCCCUGCUGCGCUGUCCCCGGCCCCUGGGCCUCUUGGGAGCCCUUGGCCGCUGAGAGUGAGGGCGGGAGUGGCGAGGACCCCAGUGACGGGGACGGCGCUGGGGAGGAAGGCGCCUUCCCUCCCGGCCGCGGCGAGCUGGACCUGGGGCAGAUCGAGAGCAACUGACCCCAGGCAGGAGGGUCGGGGGUCCGGGGCCGCUGCCCCCAGUCUCUUCUCAGCGCAUGGACAGAAUUUGGGCUACGCAGAACUUUGAACAUUGGUUUAAUUUUGAUCCAGUCUUUCCUAAAAAAGUAUUUUGGAUUUUUAUAGCUUUUACAGUUCUGGAGAAAUCUGCUCUAUUUUGAACGAAUUUUCGGAAGGGCAUUCUAUGAAAUGGGAGCCUGUGGGCCGAUCCCAGUGUGGGUGUGUGUUCCUUUUCUGAAACUCCUGCCAUGCAGGGCAUGGGGUCCGGCCCUUCCACUGGGCGCUGUCGUCCGUGAGUGCCGGGCAGCCAGCCCGCCGCUGCCCAUCUCCUGCCUGCUCCCCGGAGCACCGUGCGGCGGUGUCUGUACUCGGGAGCACUGGAACAGUGGUCCUGGCGGCACCUGGUCUGACUUCAAUAAAAGGCGUUGGCUUC